AUGGACGAAAAAACGCAUAGGCCUCCGCGCGAGUGCGCGACCUUCUCACGCCCAGAGAGGCCCCAGCUCCGAUUCGUCUUUCUUCGUGAGGGCUCCGGUAUCGCAGAGUUCACAGCCCCCGUGGCCCGCCUGAGUUUCAGGUUUGACCCGCGGUGUUACGUGAGUGCAUUCAUGGUGCAGUGGCAGCGAGAGGAGGUGCUUCAUGACAAAGCUGUGUUGAUUAGUGGAGACAUCGGGCUGUUUCGUCGGUUGGAAGCGCACCUGGUGUACGGAGAACCGCUCAACGAGGGCGACACACGAAUUCUCCGCGAUGAGCAGAUGUUCCCCAACUUCAUCGUAUUCUCCAAUACAGGUGAGGAAGGGCAAGGUGGGCAGAGAGGCUGGAGGGAUUGACGCACGGAUGCAGAUGCCUUUCUGUCAUUCAGGAUGUGCCAGCGUAGAUCAUGGCGUAGAUGCGGGCUCCGCAGGAGAUGGCGGCGCACAAGCAGCAGCAGGCGCCUCAGACGAGGCCCCGGUGGGUCACCGUGUUUGGUUUGAAUACUGUGAUUGUGCACAAAUGGAGGAAAUGGAGGCGUUGUCGUGUGUUUCAGGGUAACGCCGGCGCGGCGAGCGGCUCGAGGGAGCGUGGCGGAGAGGUGUGUGGCACGAAUGGCAACGCUGGUGCGCCGCCGCCCGCGCCGGCCUUCCCCCAGAGUCACCCACCCGCUUCCCCUUCCCUGAGUCAACAACCCACCGACAUGGAUGACGGUAGCCAGCCUGACGCCCCUCUGGCCCUGCCGGACGCCCCUCUGGCCCUGCCGCCCUUUCCCUUCCCCCAUCUGGCCCUGCCGCCCUUUCCCUUCCCCCAUCUGGCCCUGCCGUCGCGAUCGGCCGCGCCCCCGCCGUCCCGUCGCCCCCCCGCCCUCAACUUGAGGGACAAGCAAGAGACCGGCCAGCCGGCAGCGGCAGCGGCGGCGGCAGCGGCUGUCCCGCCGCCUGCCUUUGAGCCGAUCGUUCAUGUGAAGAGGGAGGACGAGAGCGAGAUGGGCCAGGAGGACGCAUACAGCAUGCACGCAGAGGCGGCGGCCGGCAUGCAGGAGGGGUAUGAGGGCUAUGGGGACCACGGAGGGAUGGGAGAGGGGGAGGGGGAGGAGUGGGCUGUUGCAUGUGGCGAGGGCGGUGACGUCGGUGUUGGAGUUGACGGAUUGGGUGAGGGUGCGGUUGAGGGCGGGGGCGUGUGUCCCUGCUCAGUGGCCAGGUCAGCGAAAAAAAAACUCGCUUCGUCGUGGAAGUUUACACGUCGAGAUUACUUUCCUGAGAGACGGCGACUGUUUUUUCUUUUUUUCCUUUUCACCUUCCAGUGCGUUUGUGGUUUCCCAAGGUGUUUCUCUUCUCCGCUUUGUCCGCCCUCGUCGAUGAGUGUUUGUUCAUCCCCUCAGCUGCUGGACGUCCGCCGCUGUACGUGCCGGCACCGGCGUAUCCGCCACACCCGGCACCGGCGGCGCAUUUGGCACUGCGGCCGCGCGGCAUCCUUCCAGAAGGUACGUCACACACCAUUGCAGGCACUGCUCACAUGCAUUGCUGCUGGUCGGUGCAGGCGCAGCUCCCCCAAGUCGGCUGGCUUCAUCCAGCACGCGGCGGUAGGAGAUCUCAAGAGUACUAGACGUGAGUGGGCAAACAUUGUUGUGUGUAUUGUGACAUUCGCAGGUGACCACUGUCGCAGCUGGUGGACAGGUGAGCAGACACAAGGGCAGGAAAGGGUCUUAGUCAGGUCUAUUGCUAUCUUAUGAAUCCAUUUUUGCAGCAACCGGCCGCUCGGCCUCGGCCCCCCGCGCCACAACCACACCCACAACCGCAGCCACUUCCACAGACCCACCCGCCCAGGUCAGCUGCAUAGGCUCAACCACUUUGCCUACCAGGUCAUUACCUGCACCACGGCAGAAAGAGAGCCGUCAUAAUGAUGCACACACACAUAUCCUGGUUGCAGCAACUGCUUCUCGAGUCGAUUGCGAUUGUAGUUGCGCCGAAGCGGGUUGGUUUCUUCAUGCUGACUGGCAUGCCCAGCGACUGGAUCAAUUGGACUGGAUUCCACAACCACGACGACCGCAAGCAGCCCCUCUACAGAGGUCCCUGAUGUAGAUUGAUUGUUUGAGAGGAAGUGAUAUGUGUGUGUGUGUCUUCACUUCUUCUCAGAAAUUGAAAGAAGGAUGAUCACCACAACGAGUGUGUCCGUUGAAGUCCAAGAUUGGCGUGACUGACUGGCUCCCCUCGUCUCUUUGUAGCCUGCCUGGUCGCAUGUUUGUAUUGAUCGACAAGAUGCACGCAGCACUCGGGUAAUUGGUGGAGAGAGGAAUACGGGUGCUUGGAUGCAUCACCAUACUCUCUGCGUGGGCCAUUCAUGUGCAGGAUGAGAAAGGUCGGUUGCUGCGCGAUGUGGACAAGUCGACGCCCUUUCAACCGAAUGCGCCGCUCUUAAGGAGGAAGUCGACAAGUGAGAACAAAUCACAGGACCCAAAUCGCACAUCGUACAUACGGAGGUGCAGGUCUCGUGAGCGUGAGGCGGCCAUCAGUGAGCUGCAGGCCGCUGUGGCCGAGAAGGACACGCAGAUGGUGGAGAUGAAGGAACAAUUCGUACGAAAGACAAGACAGACACACACGAGAUGCGUCGAUGUCUCCGGCCAUUCAUGAAUGCUGCUGCUUGCCCUCAGGACCUCCUACAAGUCCAUUACAAUGACUACGUCAUGCUCGCCCGUCGUCAACAAGACAAAAUCCAGGUGAGACAAGGAAGCGUCAACGGUAUACGGGACUGGUCGAUGUCUACGUGUCUGUCUGUCUGUCUGUCUGUCUGUCUCGAUAAGGGCAUCGAGACAGAGAACCGGGCGUUAAAGGAGCGCCUCGUAUGCAGGAAGAGACACACAUUCACAUGAUGCCUUUGACUUUUUUCGGGCUGCUUUGCGCUGCAGGACAUGCUGCAAGGGCACUACAAUGAAUUGCUCAUCUGCAUCGGAGCCCCACUGCUUUGUGCUCCAACGCCCACCACGCCCGCCUCCCCACUUCCGCCAUCCCCUCCGCAGCAAGAGCAGCAGCGAGCCCGUUACGCCGCAUGUCUUCUUUUGCUGUCUGUUGUCUCAAGCAGAUAAUUUUGGUGCUGACGCGUUGCCCAGGAUGCCAUCGACACUCAGACGGUGAGCCGUGGCGCAUCCAACCGGCCGCGUGUGCUCUUCUGCAUUGCCUUCGGUGUGUCUCUGUCAGGAGAGCAUUGGUGAGACGUUGAGGAAGGUGCGGGGCCUUGUCAACCAGUUUGCAGGGUUCCAGGCACAGGUCAGACGCACACCAGAUAGCAUCACCUGGACUUCUCUCUCACUUGCUUUGCGUGUCCAGGCGCCAGAGUUGUUGGGUUUUCUGACUUCUAAGGUGCGCAUCACACCCACUCGGCCCCCAAAGUCCGUGCAUUCAUGUUUUGCUCCACGGACUUCAGGGUUUCAGGGUUUCAGGGAAGGACGCCCUUCCCAAAUUUACGCAUCAAGGGAGACCGCCAGAGGUAAGCCCCACGCAGGCAGCUCUCAAGGCUCAAUGAGGCCCAUGGAAGGAGGGAGAAAGAGCCCUAAGCGCAGCAAGACACAUGAGGACAGGUGGGAACGAUGUCAUGCAUCUGUAGUGAUGCCAUGUCAGAUCUCCUUUCUUCUUUGAUGUUUUCUGUGGGUUCUCAGUGUGAGGAUGCGUCUGAACGACGCCAAGGCGUUCCCGAGCCUGUUUUCAUCGGCCAGUGGCGCCACCACUCGCAACAGCAGCAGCGAGGAUAUCGACUUGCAGCCCGCCCGUAUUGCCCAGGCCGCUCACGCGAUGCUGUGCUCCAUCGACAUCGCAGACGCAAACACAGCUGGUGAUGGUGCCGGUGAUGGGAGGGGGAGUGACUGGGCAGGGGGUAGCGGUGGGCAGAGGGCGGAAGAGUGUGCGGCCCAGGCUGGCGCCGACAUGGAUGCGGACAUGGAGGGACCAUCCAAGGGCGCCGACCAACACCAGAAGCUCAAACAUCGCAAAAGAAAGGUGCACAGCCACCAUGCCAGCCAACCCCAUUGUAUUUGUCGCUGUAUGUGGAUGUGCUGCGGGAUCAGGCCAAGGACACCUCAGCUUCAUCCAAGAUACCCGCACUCGUCAAGCUCUGCCUAGACAAAAGAUAUGUGUCUACAUGUGUGCCAUCUAUCCACAUACCCUCUCUCUCUGUAUGUGUGUGCCUUGGUUUAGCUGUCGCGCCAAUUUGAGGAGAUCCUCGAGCCCCCAGCUCCCAAGAAGCCACGCCAGAAGAAGGCCCCCCACACAGACCACUCGGAGGUCGGACCGACUCCCCACCCCCCCUCCCCCUACACACACACACAUACAGACGAAGAAAUCAACCCCACUCGGUUUGCCCCCUCUCUCUCUCUCUGUGUCUGUGUGUGUGUGUGUGUGUGUGGCAUGGACAGGGGACAAGACCGUCAUUGUCAGAGAUAGACCACAC